AUGGAGGCUCACAGCCUGAGCCUCUGGCACUCACCCGCUCGAGGCUGCCUUGGGCGCCGCUGGACUGCGCAAGCCGUGGUGCCAGAGGUCUGGAGCAAUGGCGGAAGCAGCAGCAGCAGCUCAAGGAUCGCCGGGACUGCAACGACUCGAACGCCCUGGCUGCGGCUUGGAGUAGGCGCCGGCCUAGCGCUCGCGGCGAAGACCCGUGGCCCUCAGCCGAGAGAUCCGGACUUGGUGGGCCUGUCCAUGCUGAACAAGGAUCUGCCAGCGGAUGAAGAUGUGAGAGACGUGCCGAAGCAAAGAAGGGAGGAUGACGAGUCUUGGGUCUUCUGGGAGGAGCAGCUCCACCCGACCCCGGGGCCGAAAAAUCAGCCUCGGGACAAGGUCCCGGAGCCUUUGCCAUCGCCUCUCCCUUCCCUGGAGCCUCCGGCACCGGGCGAGGGGGAUGAUGUAGAGGAUCAGGCUGCCAACUUCGAAAAGGCUUAUCGGCCUGCAGAGCCAGCGAUCAUGGGCUCCGACGGCAGCCCACUCGAGGUUCCCUUCUACUCCACCUUUGAAGAUGCCGUGAGCGAGCUUGGAUAUCCACCUUUUCUUCAGGCCGCAAUGGCUCGGCGUGGAUUCUACUACUUGACACCGGUGCAGCAGUGCUCCCUGCCUUUGAUGAAAGAUGGGCACGACUUUCUUGCCUCUGCAUUCACUGGCUCGGGCAAGACAGCCGCGUAUUUGCUCCCCAUCCUCAAGAAUUUGCACGAGGUAUCCAGACUGAUUCCAGGCACGAGUGUGGCUAGCCACUACAAGACCAAGGACAACAGUCGCAGUGCCAAGCCUGGCCUCGGUGUGGUGAAGGGAAUCAAGAAUGGUCGAGCAGCGCUGGAGUUCGAAGCUGCAGCGGGCAAGACGCAUCGACAGCUGGUGCCGGUCGAAUGGGUGGUCGGCGCGCCAGAACCUCCGCCGAAGAGGAGGUGGCAGGGUCCGGCAGUUCCGAAGGCCGUUGUCUUGGUGCCUACGCGGGAGCUCAGCGAGCAGGUGCAUAACGAAGCCAAAGAGUUUCUGCACUACUCCCCGCUGCGAAGUGCAGCCAUCUACGGCGACAGCAACCUGCGCUCGCAGUUCCGUGACUUGGCGCACGGAGCAGACAUUCUGGUGGCGACGCCGGGGCGUCUGAUUGAUGCUCUGCACAAGGGCAUGAUUCGCCUUGACGAGGUCCGGUUUCUAGUUCUCGACGAGGUGGACAGGAUGAUGGAAUUAGGAUUUGGGAGUCAGCUAGAGGAGAUCGUCACUCAGGGUGCCAUGCCUGGCAAACUUGGUGGUCGACAGACGACUUUCUGGUCCGCAACCAUCCCCCUCUCGGUGCGAGAGCUGGCAGAAGCCUUUCUGGGAACACAGUGUGCUUGGGUGGACUGCACCGGUGGCCAAACUAAUCCAGUGCCGACGACUAUCUCCCAUGUCUUCGUCGACGCCCGUCCUCCGCAUCGUGCGCUUCGCGAGUUUCAACCAGGAGAUCCGGUGAUCACAAAGGGUGGCAGGCGCGGUAUCGCAGAGUUCCAGGUUGGCCGUAAAUGGCGAGUGCAGUUUGAUGACGGUGAUCUCGUCCAGCGCAAGAUGCUCUUGAAGGGACGACUUCACCACACAAGCUUGCGGACAGACUCCAGUGUGCGAUGCAAGCUGGAAACGUUGAGAGCGGUCCUCGAAGCUCGCGAGUUCGAGGAGGCCACGAUCAUCGUCUUUUGCAGGAGACGCGACACUGUGAUGGAGGUAUACCGCUACCUGAAGGAGCAGUUUGAGGGGGUAGUGACCUGCCAUGGCGGCAUGACGCAGUCUUUCCGCAGCAAGUCCAUCAAGGCACUGAAAGAAGGAAGCGCAGAUAUUCUGGUCGCCACGGACAUUGCGGCGCGUGGCUUGGACGUGGAGAGCGUGACCCAUGUCAUCAACUACGAGCUACCGCUGGUCCUGGAUGAGUUCGUGCAUCGCAUCGGAAGAACUGGGAGGAUCGGUCGCGAGGGCACCGCCGUAACCUUCGUCACCGGACGCGAGAAGAUCUUCGGGGCUAUGCGACGCAUGGUCCUCUCUCAAGGCCACAAAGUUCCGGACUGGCUCAACUUUCAGGGUCUGCAGCUCGCGUGGAGACCAAGGAACUACAAGCUCCCGUUCACCAAAGUCCGGAAGGGGAUUCCUCAGGAUGCUCCACCGGAGGUGCGAGAUGCCUACAUGGAGAAAAACCGCGACAUGCAGCGGAGGACGAAAUCCAAGCUGAUGACCCGCAUGGCCGAGUUGGAAGGUACGCCAGUGGAUCCGAGGGAGCUACACCGAAGGUCGGUGAUGAUUGUUGAUUCUGUGGAGGAGGAGACGCAGGUUGAAGAGGACAUCGACUUCACGGAUCAGUUCGCGGAAGCUGAGCAACCCAUGCUGGCUAUGGAGCCUAUGGAGGGCAUGUGA